ACUACACCGCAUCAUUCUCCAUUUCGAUUCUCCAGCUUUUGGUCGAAGUGACGAACAUUUCGAAAUGGCUCUUCGAGUAACCAGAAACCGCUUGGCUUCUACCAGGACUGACCUCGGUGGCAAGGCCUGCUCGGUGACCGGGCCCACACAGAAGACUCGAGCGGCGCUGGGCGAAAUCGGAAACAUCGCAGUUAACAAAGAAGUACAGAAAAAGAGCAUCAAGACAGAGGCCACUAAGAAGACCAGAGCCACUAAAGUUGAAAAGGCACCAGUAGUUGAACCACCAAAACCUAAGAAUGUUGUUGCUGUUAAGCCUGAGCCUGAGGUACAGGUUCUGCCUGAACCAGCAUCCCCCACGCCAAUGGAGACUUCUGGCUGUGAACCUGCUGACCUCUGUCAAGCAUUUUCAGAUGUCAUGCUUCAUACUGCCGUCAGGGAUGUGGAUGCAGAUGACUAUGACAACCCCAUGCUCUGCAGUGAAUACGUGAAAGACAUCUACAAGUACCUCCGACAGCUUGAGGUUGAGCAGAAUGUUAGGCCCAGUUAUCUGCAGGGUCAGGAGGUGACUGGUAACAUGCGAGCCAUUCUCAUUGACUGGCUGGUUCAAGUGAGCCUGAAGUUCCGUCUACUGCAGGAAACAAUGUACAUGACUGUGGGAAUCAUUGACCGCUUUCUUCAGGACCACCCAGUCCCCAAGAAGCAGCUGCAGCUGGUUGGCGUGACAGCCAUGUUCCUUGCUUCCAAAUAUGAGGAGAUGUAUCCCCCAGAGAUCUCGGACUUUGCCUAUGUGACAGACAGGGCAUACACCACUGCCCAGAUCAGAGACAUGGAGAUGACCAUCCUGCGUGUGCUCAAGUUCCAACUAGGCCGCCCUCUCCCCCUGCAGUUCCUCAGACGAGCCUCAAAGAUUUACGAGGUAACUGCUGACCAGCACACCCUCGCGAAAUACCUCCUGGAGCUCACCAUGGUCGACUAUGAGAUGGUUCACUUCCCGCCUUCCAUGAUGGCCAGUGCUGCUUUGGCUCUUACACUCAAGAUCUUGGAUGCUGGAGAAUGGGAUGCGACACUGCAGUACUACAUGGACUACACAGCAGAGAGUUUGAUUCCUGUAAUGGCACACAUUGCCAAGAACGUUGUGAAAGUGAAUGAGGGGCUGACCAAGCACAUGGCCAUCAAAGGUAAAUACUCAACUUCCAAGCAGAUGAGGAUUGCCACAAUCUCACAGCUCAAAUCUUCAUUUGUGAAGGACCUUGCAAAGCAGCUCACCCAGUGAGAUGACCAAGUGUUUUAGGCACCAUGUGCUGAUUUGUACAGUUGUAACUUAAACUUUUUAACGUGACUGAAGGAUCAGUACGCUAAGGACCAUGUCAGUGGUUUGCAUGUUUAACCCAGAUUGUUUACUUUUACUGACCCAUUUUCCAAAGCAUGCUACAGGUUUAGGUUCCACUCUGAACUCCUAGGCCACACAAAAGGCAGUUCAGUCUUACCAGACUAUGAAAACGGACUUGUUCUUCUGUGACGUGAACCAGGUCACCUUAUUGGACAAAGUUACACCACAUGAGCUUCAGUCUGCCAACAGUGACAACUGUAAUGCCACCAAUUCACUAUUUUCACCACGUCUGUUUACAACAUGGAUCGUUAAUGCACUACUUAAUGUUGCCGGACUGAAAUCUUGAAUGUGGUGUUUCCUUGAACACAUCAUUUAACACUUCUGCACUCGUAAACAAAGUCACUAUUGAGCAUUUUCAAGUUAUUUUUAUGGCUUAAUUGCUGCCAGGCUGUUAGAAAUCCAAAGGGGGAAAAAAACUUGUUGCAUGCUUUCAGAAUGGUCAGCCAUGUAACGGUCCAGUGGGCCGGUGUGGCCCUUCCAGCUUUUUUUUUUUUUUUAAUGGUAUUAUUUUCUUAAUGUGUGGCAGUGAGUGUGUAAAAUGUACAGCAAUACUUUUUAAAAUGAUUUUACUUUCUUAAAUGUCUUGUUCUUAAAGCAUCUAUUAAAUGGCU